CGCCAAUCCCUGACCUACCACGACCCUGUACCUCCCUGACCCUCGCUCAUCCAAGAUCCUGAGCAUCCGUACACCACCGCCCAUGUCACCUAUGGGCUGGUGUGCGGCCGGCCAGAACUCCCUCGGCGUUUCCCGUUGAUGACAAAGUCGACGGCGGAAUAUUCAGCAGCCCGCCAGUCUGCACGUGGAAGCGAGAUUCCGUUUACAGCGGCUGGCACCGGGCUGGCCUAUCAUGGUUCUGCGCUUGAUAAGAUGGUUCCGACUUACCUAAGAGGGCGCGUGUCCUCGUCGCCAUGACUUGCAUGCCACGAAACCUUUUCAAUCGCGGAAACGGUAUACCACGGCUUUCUAGUCUGAUGAUCAAAGAUUUACGCAGACCGGGAAUCGCUUGGCGUAUACCUAGUAGGACUGGACAGAGUCAAUGGUAUAAGUAUCAACAUAUCCCGUCUCGCUGCUUGUUUCUUUUCCCACAUACUCAGCGCUCAUCCCCGCCUGUCCUUGCGCAGCCCUGAACGACGGUACACACACACACGCCACCUGCAAGACCUCCAUCUAAAUCAAUCGUCGAGCACCCCGAAUAGAACAUGCGUGCCAUCACAGUUGCUUCCUGGGGUUCUCCCCCUCAAUUCACCUCGUCCCACCCUGAGCCUCCACCUUCAUCCGCCGACACUGUCACUCUCAAGGUCCUUGCAAGUGGUCUCCAUCAACUUGUUCGUUCGCAAGCCACAGGUACCCACUACAGCACGAAAAACGCAAUUAUCCCCUAUAUCCCAGGUGCCGACGGCGUCGGCGAGACCCCCGAUGGCCAACGCGUGUAUUUCAACAGCAUUGCAAUGGGCGGCGGGUUUGCCGAAUACAUCACCGUGCCGAAAUCCAGUGUAUCGCCGCUUCCCGAAGGGGCGGAUCCAGUUGCGAUUGCUGGACUGAUGAAUCCGGGCAUGUCGAGCUGGAUGGCGUUUGCAGCUCGGGUUGACCCACCAUUACCGAAGGGGUUUACGGUCGUGAUCAUGGGGGUUACGGCGAUUAGUGCCAAAGUUGCGGUACACUUUGCGCGGGUUAAAGGUGCGGCCAAAAUCAUUGGUGUGGCAAGGAAUGGAAAGGAGAUGGCUUCGAUCCCCGACCUGGACGAACGUAUCGUCCUCGCCAACGAUCCCAGUCAGACGGACUUCUCAUCCUUGACGGAUGUCGACUUGAUUCUAGACUAUCUCUAUGGUCCCGCCGUUGCUGCCCUUUUCGCCCAACUCAAAUCCACCGUCCCUACGCAGUUCGUACAGAUUGGCACGGUUGCUGGGAAUGAUAUGGCAUUGCCAGGCGCAAUCUUGCGGAGCAAGAACAUCACUCUACGAGGAGCGGGCCCAGGUGCGUGGACCAUGCCACAGUAUGCCAAGGAGGUGCCAGACUUGCUUGCAGCUGUGGCCCAGCUGCCUGAUAUGGACUUGAAGGUGAGGAAACUGGAGGAAGCAGAUGCGGCGUGGGCGGCGAAGAAGGAGCGGACUGUGUUUGUGCCGUGACUGGCCGACAACGGCUCGGGUCCUUUAGAGCCAUCGGCUUUGAGGGCGAACAUUUAAAACAGGAUGCAAAAAGAGCGAGAAGGUCGGGUUACGAAUCUGCUAUUGCCAACCGCCAGACACGCGGUGGGAUGUUUGGUCUAUUGACGGGUUUGCUGUGGACGGUGCUAUAGGCCAACCUCGAUUUCUAUCCAUAUGCACUUGAUCGUGGUCGUCUCCAAAAGCCCCAUUUCGUUCUCUG